AUGGAGCUCACGAUAAAAAACUUACAAGGAAAGGUCUUCAAGAUCUCCGACGUCGAGGAGGAAGAUACAGUCGCCUCACUCAAACAGAAAAUUGCCGGACAGUUCCAGCACCCAGUAGAGCUGCAGAAACUGAUCUACUCAGGCAAGAUACUCCAGGAUGACGCUCAGAUCAAGUCCUAUAACAUUAAGCAAACCGAUUUCAUUGUAUUGAUGGUCUCAAAGCCCAAAGCCGCUCCGGCACCUGCCGCCGCUCCAGCUCCCGUUGCAGCAAAGGCACCCGAGGCCACACCUGCGACUGCACCAGCACCUGCUCCUGCCGCUCCCGUCGCUGCUACUUCGACGUCUGCUGCAUCGUCGACAUCGGCACCAGCUACUGCAUCUCCCGCGGCUGCCACUCCCCAGGAACGCGCCUUCGGCGACACUACUUCAUUCUUGAGCGGCGAUGCCCUUCAAGCAUCAAUACAAAACAUGAUUGAGAUGGGGUUUGAGCGGGCGCAGGUAAUGAGAGCUAUGAAGGCAAGCUUUAACAAUCCAGAUCGUGCCGUUGAGUAUCUUAUGAAUGGCAUACCCGCACACCUCGAUGCGGAGUCGUCCGCUGGUCCCGCUGGUCCCGCUGCACCCGGUGCACCCGCGACUAAUCCGGCUCCAGCGCCCCAACAGACUGCGGCCCCGGCACCAGUACCGGCAGCAGCGCCAGCUCAACCUGCAGCUGCUCCCGCACCUCAACCUACCGCACCUCAAAACCUGUUUCAGCUCGCCCAGCAACAACAGCAACACCACGGUGGUGGCCUCCCAGGUGGUGCAGCUGGCUUAGGCGCAACUGGAGCGGGGAUUGAGAGUCUCGGUGGUGGCGACGCACAACUUGGGCAAUUCCGCAAUACUGUAAUGCAGAACCCCGCGCUACUUCAACCUAUGAUUCAACAGAUUGCACAAUCCAACCCGAAUCUCGCUCAAUACCUUGAGCAAAACCCCGAAGCACUGCUUCAGCUGCUUGGUGCUAUAGGUGGUGAGGGUGGACUCGAGGAAGGUGAAGGUGGUGAAGGUGGCAUUCCACCUGGCGCAACUGUCUUGCAGGUAACACCAGAGGAACGUGCCGCUAUUGAGAGACUCGAGGCGCUCGGAUUCCCACGACAACAAGUGGUGGAAGCCUAUUUCGCAUGCGAUAAGAAUGAGGAGAUGGCAGCAAAUUAUUUGUUUGAAAACGGGUUCGAAGACGAGUAA